CGAAUUUCAUACAAAACGAGACGGUUGACGACGUUGCUUGCGUUGCCUGACAGAAUUUGACGUUGCGCUGUUUGACUAUUUUCAGUGCAAAAAGAAAACACAAAACAAAAAGUUCACACAAUCCAAGCAACUUUAUCAACUGCCAAGAGCAUAAAAAACAAAAUUGUAGAAAAAGAUCAAAAUUAGUCAAGUCAAAUAAGAGCAAUAAAAAAAAGUGGCAAAGUGUUUUCAAGUGAUUUGUGAACAAAGCAAACAUAGUUGCAACAAUGAUCGAGAGACGCAGUCAAUUGGAUAAGAUAAUUAUUACAGCCAUGGACCGAUUCGUUUGGUUUGUUCUUUUGGUGGUGAUGUCCCAUUUGGUUGCCGAGUUCACGAGAGUCACUGGCUAUGCACGUGGCUCACGACCCGAGUUGGUGUUGGUCAACGAUAGCUUACUUCAGCCCAUGCCCGUACAGAAUAUGCUGCUUUAUCCCAGUGCUGGACAUUACGAGCAACGCCCAGCUGCUCUCUCGGUGAAUAGCAUACAACAGAAUGCGGCACUGCUGUUGGGGAGUCUGGCUGCGGGUGUGGCUGCAGGCGGCGGAGGAGGAGUAAGCAGCGGUAGUGUCGAUGAGAUUUCUGCCACCAACAGCAACCUAGCUAGCGGCGAACCCAGCUAUCCGCUCUUCAGUAUCCGUCCAUUAAUUGACAGCAUUUUCGAGAUACCAAUAUCGACGCUGCGUGCUGUCAACAAUCUGGUGGGCAGGCUAACCGGGGGCUAUAGGCAGCCAACGACGUCGGAAAUGGGCCAAAAAUCCGCCAUCACAAUUGAGGCAACUGAUACGUCCCUACGGCUUCCUCCCGGCCCUGGCCAUAGCCAUGGCAACCAUGCGAUGGGCGAGGACUUCAAACUCUCGACGACAACUACACAGCGCAAGCAAAUGCGCGAGGAAUUGGCGUAGUUUGAGUUAGUUCCUUACACAGAUGGAGGGUGAAUGUGAGGCAGAAGAUGACAGAGUUCAUCCCGCUGAAAAUUUAAAUAAUUCUAAUUAGCUUUAUACGUCAACUUUGACCUUAGGCUUGGGCGAAUUUCGUGAGUGAUUGUUGUCAUUUUACGUAGUUAUUUUUGUUCUGCUUGUGUGUUUCUCAUUGAGUUCAUGUAACUUACGAAUAGAUGUCGUCCUUUGUGAUAUAUGUAAAAAAAAUGUUUAGCUCUUUUAAUUAGUCUUAUGGUAUUUAAAUGAAAAAAAACC